GGGCGGCGCCGGCGAUUGGCGGCGAGGCGCAGCGGGGCCGGGCGCGGAGCUGCAGCGGGGCCGGGGCCGGGGCCGGGAGCGGCGGCGGGAUGGUGGACAGCGUGUACCGGACGCGGUCCCUGGGGGUGGCGGCGGAGGGGCUGCCGGACCAGUACGCGGACGGGCGGGCGGCGCGCGUGUGGCAGCUCUACAUCGGCGACACGCGGAGCCGCACGGCCGAGUACCGCAGCUGGCUGGUGGCGCUGCUCCGCCAGCACCGCUGCCGCUCCGUGCUCGACGUGGCCUGCGGCACCGGGGUGGACUCCAUCAUGCUGCUGGAGGAGGGCUUCCUGGUGACCAGCGUGGACGCCAGCGACAAGAUGCUCAAGUAUGCGCUGAAGGAGCGCUGGGAGCGGCGCAAGGAGGAGCCCUUCGACCGAUGGGUCAUCGAGGAGGCCAACUGGCUGACGCUGGAGAAAGACCUGGAGAAGCCGGGGGAUGGGUUCGACGCCGUCAUCUGCCUGGGCAACUCUUUUGCCCACCUGCCAGACUUCAAAGGGGACCAGAGCGACCACAAGCUGGCCCUUAGGAACAUUGCCAGCAUGGUACGGCCUGGUGGUGUCCUAGUAAUCGACCACCGCAACUAUGACCACAUCCUGGCCACAGGCUGUGCGCCACCAGGCAAGAACAUCUACUACAAGAGUGACUUGACCAAGGACAUCACCACGUCCGUGCUGCUGGUCAACAAUAAGGCUCACAUGGUGACACUGGACUACACAGUGCAGGUUCCCGCAACGGAGGCCGGGGCAUCCCCAGAGCUGAGUGCCUCCUUGCAGCAAGUUUCGGCUCUCGUACUACCCACACCAGCUGGAGGCUUUCACAGCCCUGCUGAAAGGUGCCUUCCAGGGGAAGUGCCAGCACAGCAUCCUGGGUGACUUCCAGCCCUACACACCGGGGCAGGCCCACACCCCCUGCUACUUCAUCCACGUUGUGAAGAAGACAGCCUGAAGACCACCUGACAGAGCAGCAGCAGCAGUGGAAAGCUCAGCGCGGGGGGCGGGGGGGGGGCUGGGGGCAUUGCCAUUUGCCUGUCCCCAUGUGCCUGCUGAGGGCUGCCCAGCAGCCCCUUUCCCAUUAAUUAAGUGUGCUUGUAUGAGCUACCACA